CCUGGCAAAGAUUACUAAAAGAGAGAAUAUCCGGAAACGCGAUUAUGCUUGGUGAAACUAUCCGAGCAUAUAUGCUCAGACAUAUUACUUUACUGAGACAUUAGGAGCCAUCGAUCGCAGUACUUGCUUGCGACUGUGCUAAGGGUUGGACUUACAAAACUGAAGAUUCAGAAAUUAUGCUGAUGUCUAGCAUUCAAUACACAAUUAUUUGGCUGGUCUUUCUGCUGGUGCAUCUGGACCUUGAAAGGAUUCAUUGUGCUUCACUUGCCACAAAAACGUGUCCACCAAGUCUUUCUUUAAAAUGUUCACCAGAAGUAAGUCAUUCUUGCAGUGAUGAUCAGGAUUGUGAAGCACGUUAUCCCGGUAAAGGUUUGACGUGCUGCGAUGAUUGUGGAAGGAGAUGCGUGACCCUUGGCACUUCUGUAGUUAAAAUAAAACCAACGUCAACAGAAAAGAUAAAUGGCACAAACCUCGUUGCAAAAUGCCCCACCAAUCCUCCCUCGAUCGAGUUUCCUCCAGGACCAGACCAAGAAUGCCAAAACGAUGCCAGUUGUGAUGCCAAAUACCCUGGACGAAGCUUGAAAUGCUGUAGUGACGGAUGCGAUUUUAGGUGCGUUCCUCCUAUCAUGGGAUCAAAUACCCAGACAUAUGAUGUACAGGGUACAUGUCCUAACUCAUCUGAAAUUGCUGAAUGUCAACGACCAGCAGACGAUGAAUGCCAUGACGACACAAGAUGCCGUGAACUUUACCCUGGACUAGAACUAAAAUGCUGCAAGGAUGGAUGUGAUUUCAGAUGCGUUCCUCCUCUUCCUGUAAUAGAUACGAAAACAACUAAAUCUGGGAGUAAAGCCAAACAACAGACAACACUUUCUGCAACAGCAAAACCAGUUACAAAACCUACGAAUAUUGAAAAACAACAUACAACAUCUUCACCAACAACAAAACCAGUCACCACCAACCCUGAGACUACCGUCACACAACAGACGACAUCUUCAUCAAAAACUAGAAUAUACCAAUGCCCAAAUUUUCCUACGCCUGCUGAAUGUCCACCAGAACCAGACAAUGAAUGUAAUGAUGACCGAAAAUGCAGCGAGUUGCACCCUGGAUUAGGACUGAUGUGCUGUAUAGAUGGAUGUGAUCUCAGAUGUGUUCCUCCCCUUCUUGUUAUAGAUACAAAAACAGACAAACCUGAGAGUAACGUAACAGCAUCACCAAAAUCUAAAAUAUUGCAAUGCCCAAUCUUCCCUCUUCCUGAUGAAUGUCCACUAGAGUCAGAUGAUGAAUGUAAUGACGACCAGAAAUGCAGUGAGUUGCACCCUGGAUUAGGAUUCAAAUGCUGUAAGGAUGGAUGUGAUUACAGAUGCGUUCCUCCUCUUCCUGUAAUAGAUACGAAAACAGAUAAAUCAGGGAGUAAAGCCAAACAACAGACAACACUUUCUGCAACAACAAAACCAGUCACCAAACCUACGAGUAUUGAAAAACAACUUACAGCAUCUUCAUCUUCACCAACAACAAAAUCAGUCGCAACUAACCCUGAGACUACCGUCACACAACAGAUGACACCUUCAUCAAAAACUAGAAUAUACGAAUGCCCAAUUUUUCCUACGCCUGAAGAAUGUCCACUAGAGCCAGAUGAUGAAUGUAAUGAAGACCAGAAGUGCAGUGAGUUGCACCCUGGAUUAGGACUGAUGUGCUGUAAGGAUGGAUGUGAUUACAGAUGUGUCCCUUCACUUCCUGUAAUAGAUACCAAAACAGAUAAACCUGAGAGUAACGUAACAGCAUCACCAAAAUUUAAAAUAUACGAAUGCCCAAAAUUUCCUACGCCUGCUGAAUGUCCACCAGAGCCAGAUGAUGAAUGUAAUGAAGACCAGAAAUGCAGCGAGUUGCACCCUGGAAUAACACUGAAGUGCUGUAAAGAUGGAUGUGAUUACAGAUGUAUACCGCCUAUUGUGUAUGAAGUAGAUAAGUGAAUGACAAAGAACAACAACACAAGUUGAGGAUAGUCAGUCAAUAUCUUCUUUUAGAGCGAUGGAAACAUAAUCAUCAAAAACGCAUGGUACUAAUUUAACUUUAAGAUUUAGAACUAAAAAACAGACCAUUCCCGAAGUCGCCAGACAGUAGCUCUAAGUUGAGGUUGUUAUCAAUGAUGGGCCCCAUUGUUUGAGUUCACUAAGGUAAUUUUGAAUACAUUAUCAAGUACCAAUAUUCUAAUAUUGAUUCCAUUAAUCUGCGGAUGGUUGAUAAUUACUGUAAGGGUCCCCAUAAAGCCAACUUAGGCCGUACUGUGGGGGUCCCCCAAAAGCCAAUGUAGGGCGUACUGUGGGGUAAAGCUUAAGAACUCGGCUCUCACGUACAUUUUUACCUAUAUAGGGUGUAGUAUACAAAUAUAAUAUUCAUUUUUAAUUCUUUUACUUUUUACCUAAGGUAUACGUAAGGUAAUUUAAAGUUUCCAACGAAGUAAAUUCAUUUUAUUUACAGAAGUUAUCUAAAACUGAAAUUAAGGGAAGUCAAUUUAGUGCUCGAUGAUGUAAACAAACUUUGCCGGCAUUUCACUCCAUGUCAGUUAUCAC